UAGUUGCAGCCAACCUAUUAAAUUAAGAUACUCCGCCAUGUGAACCUUGCUCACCACGUAUUCCUUGCCUUCGCAUUUAUAUAUAUAUAUAUAUAUAUAUAUAUAUAUAUAUAUAUUCCAUAUUAGAAACGAAAUAUCUUCACUCAAAGCCAGAAGCUCCAAAGACCAUGGAGUUUUUGAGUUCAUCAACAGAGGUCAUGUCCUCAUUUUUCUCUAACUUCUAUACAUUAAAAAUGUACCCAAGUGCUAAUUUUCUCAUGAAACCCAUUUUCCUUCGUGGGUUUUCGGGUUCAUUGCAUUUUGUUUUGUUAUUCUUGUUGUUUGCGUCAUGGAUUAGCCAGAAAUUCAAGGGGAGUCUUCGGGAAGAGAGGGUUAAGAAAGCCAGAUGUUUGUGUUAUAAACCAACUUUAAUGGUUUGUUUGGGUCUUUCUGCAUUUAAUCUAGUGUUGUGUUUAUUGAGCUACUUCUACAGGUAUAGGAAUGGUUGGUCUGAUGAAAACUUAGUGACCCUUUUGGAUUUAGCCAUGAGGACACUUGCUUGGGGUGUAGUCUCUGUUUACUUGCACACUAAAUUUUCUACUUCUGGUCAGUCAAGGUUUCCAUUUUUAUUGAGAGUUUGGUGGGUUUUCUUCUUAUUCGUUUCUUGCUAUUGCCUUAUUGUAGACUCUGUUCUAUACAAAAAACAAGUUUCCGUAGCUGUUCAGUCCUUUGUUUCUGAUGUUGUGUCUGUUAUUUCUGGUCUGUUUUUCAUAUAUGUGGGGUUCUGGGGAAAGAGAGAAGGUGAUGAUACCACUCUUGAAGAACCCCUUUUGAAUGGUAAUGGUGUAGUGUCAAAUAACUCCAUAGGAGAUGCAACUGUAACUCCUUAUUCUGAAGCUGGGCUUUUCAGUCUUCUUACUUUCUCUUGGAUAGCUCCUCUAAUUUCAGCUGGCAAUAAGAAAGCCAUAGACCUUGAGGAUAUUCCUCAGCUUGAUACUAGAGAUAGUGUAGUUGGGAGUUUUCCAACUUUAAGGAAUAGGAUUGAGUCAGAUUGCGGGUCAAUUAAUAGAGUUACCUCACUUAAGUUAGUGACAGCUUUGAUGUUCACAGCUUGGGGAGAGAUUCUUUUGACAGCACUAUUUGUGCUUCUGUAUUCACUGGCUUCUUAUGUUGGUCCAUAUCUUAUUGACACAUUUGUUCAAUACCUUAAUGGGAGAAGGGAGUUCAAAAAUGAGGGAAUUAUUUUGGUGUCUGCAUUUUUUGUUGCUAAGAUUGUAGAGUGCCUCUCGCAGAGGCACUGGUUUUUUAGGGCACAGCUAAUUGGAGUAAGGAUCCGAGCAGCACUUGUUGCUAUGAUCUAUAACAAGGGUUUGACUCUUUCAUGUCAGUCAAAGCAGGGCCACACCAGCGGGGAGAUCAUCAAUUUCAUGACUGUUGAUGCUGAAAGAAUUGGUGAUUUCAGCUGGUACAUACAUGAUCCAUGGAUGGUCAUUAUACAAGUUGGAUUGGCCUUGGUGAUUUUGUAUAAAAAUCUUGGUCUUGCUGCAAUCUCCACCUUUGUUGCCACUAUUCUAGUUAUGUUGGCAAACAUUCCUUUGGGGAAAUUGCAAGAGAAUUAUCAACAAAAAUUGAUGACAUCAAAAGAUACUAGAAUGAAGGCAACGUCUGAGGUAUUGAGGAACAUGAGGAUUCUCAAGUUACAAGGGUGGGAGAUGAAGUUUCUAUCCAAGAUUGUGGAGCUUAGGAAAUCUGAGGCAGGAUGCUUGAGAAAAUAUCUUUACACUUCAGCUAUGACCUCAUUUGUCUUCUGGGGCGCCCCGACAUUUGUUUCGGUGAUCACUUUCGGUACUUGCAUCCUUUUAGGGGUCCCUCUUGAUUCUGGGAAAAUCUUGUCUGCACUUGCAACAUUCAGGAUUCUUCAAGAACCUAUCUACAGUCUUCCAGACACGAUUUCAAUGAUAGCACAAACAAAGGUUUCUAUUGAUAGAAUAUCAGCUUUUCUUCGUCUUGAUGACUUGCAGGCUGAUGUUAUUGAAAGGCUUCCAAGGGGUACUUCUGAUGCAGCCAUUGAAAUAGUUGAUGGUAACUUCUCUUGGGAUAUAACUUCCCAAAAUCCUACAGUGAAAGAUAUUAAUUUCAAAGUGUUCCAUGGUAUGAGAGUUGCUAUUUGUGGCACUGUUGGCUCGGGCAAGUCAAGCUUGCUUUCAUGCAUCCUAGGAGAAAUUCCAAAAAUCUCAGGAACCCUUAAGUUGUGUGGGACAACAGCUUAUGUCUCCCAGUCACCAUGGAUUCAGAGUGGCAAGAUAGAAGAGAAUAUUUUGUUUGGUAAAGAGAUGGAUAGAGAAAGGUAUGACAUGGUUCUUGAAGCAUGUUCCUUGAAGAAGGACCUUGAAAUCCUUUCAUUUGGUGAUCAGACAGUCAUUGGGGAGAGAGGAAUCAAUUUGAGCGGUGGACAAAAGCAGAGGAUACAAAUUGCACGAGCCUUAUACCAAGAUGCUGAUAUCUAUUUGUUUGAUGAUCCUUUCAGUGCUGUGGAUGCUCACACAGGCUCUCAUCUCUUCAGGGAAUGCAUAUUGGGUAUGUUGAGUUCGAAAACAAUUGUUUAUGUUACUCAUCAAGUUGAAUUCUUACCUGCUGCUGAUCUUAUACUGGUCAUGAAAGAUGGAAGGAUUACCCAAGCUGGUAAGUACAUUGACAUUCUCAAUUCCGGGACAGAUUUUAUGGAACUUGUGGGAGCACACAAGGAAGCAUUGUCAGCACUUAAUGCCAAAGAGGGAGUUAAAGAAGAAAAAGAAUGUAUCAUCGAGAGUGAUGAAAAAUCAGGCGGUGCAAGUGAGUUAAUGAAGAAAGAAGAACCAAAAAGCAAUGAACCGAAAGGGCAGCUUGUUCAAGAGGAAGAAAGGGAGAAGGGACAAGUUGGUUUUUCAGUUUAUUGGAAAUACAUCACAACAGCAUAUGGAGGAGCUCUUGUGCCUCUUAUACUGCUUGCACAAGUUUUAUUUCAGGGCCUUCAAAUCGGAAGCAACUAUUGGAUGGCAUGGGCAAGUCCUGCUUCGGCAGAUGAAAAGCCUCUUGUUGAUAACACCACACUUAUAGUUGUAUAUGUUAUAUUAGCCAUUGGAAGCUCUUUAUGUGUUCUUAUGAGAUCUACACUUUUGGCAACAACCUCAUAUAAGACAGCCACAUUACUCUUCAAUAAAAUGCAUGAAUGCAUUUUUCGUGCUCCUAUGUCGUUCUUUGAUUCUACUCCAAGUGGAAGAAUUCUGAAUAGGGCUUCGACAGACCAAAGUGCGGUGGAUCUGAACAUUGCAUAUCAAGUUGCAUCAUUUGCUUUCUCAAUGAUCCAACUUUUGGGAAUUAUUAUCGUAAUGUGUCAGGUGGCAUGGCAGGUUUUCAUUGUUUUCAUACCUAUUAUUGCAACCUGCAUCUGGUAUGAGCAAUACUACAUACCUUCAGCGAGAGAACUGGCACGAUUAGUUGGAGUUUGCAAGGCUCCAGUAAUUCAACAUUUUGCAGAAACAAUUUCAGGGUCAACAACCAUAAGGAGCUUUGAUCAAGAGUUAAGAUUCCAGGAAACAAACAUGAAAUUGAUGGAUGGAUAUUCCCGGCCAAAGUUCAGCAUCGCUGGUGCAAUGGAAUGGCUAUGCUUUCGCUUGGAUAUGUUGUCUGCUAUUACAUUUGCUUUCUCUUUGAUCUUGUUGAUCUCUGUUCCUGAAGGAGCUAUUGAUCCAGGUAUUGCGGGGUUAGCUGUCACAUAUGGACUUAAUUUGAAUAUGUUACAAGCUUGGGUUAUAUGGAAUCUUUGCCAAAUGGAGAACAAAAUAAUCUCAGUUGAGAGAAUACUUCAAUACUCUAGCAUCCCAAGUGAGCCUCCUCUUGUGAUAGAAUCAAAUCGGCCAGAUCCUUCAUGGCCAUCACAUGGAGAAGUCAAUAUUCAUGAUCUACAAGUUCGAUAUGCCCCCCACAUGCCACUUGUGUUGCGAGGUCUAACAUGCACUUUUCCUGGAGGACUCAAAACGGGCAUCGUAGGAAGAACAGGCAGUGGAAAAUCAACUCUCAUACAAACACUUUUCAGAAUUGUUGACCCGGCUGCUGGUCAGAUUGUGAUAGAUGGCAUCAACAUAUCUUCCAUUGGACUGCAUGACUUAAGGUCAAGGCUAAGCAUCAUUCCUCAAGAUCCUACCAUGUUUGAAGGGACUGUAAGGAGCAACUUGGAUCCACUCGAAGAGUACACAGAUGAAAAAAUAUGGGAGGCUCUAGAUAAGUGCCAACUUGGAGAUGAAGUAAGGAAGAAGGAAGGGAAGCUUGAUUCUGCAGUUACAGAGAAUGGAGAGAAUUGGAGUAUGGGACAGAGACAACUCGUUUGCCUGGGCCGAGUUCUACUCAAGAAAAGUAAAGUACUUGUUCUUGAUGAAGCUACAGCAUCCGUCGACACUGCUACAGACAAUCUAAUACAACAAACACUUCGACAACACUUCUCUGAUUGUACAGUCAUUACAAUCGCACAUCGAAUUACUUCUGUUCUUGACAGUGACAUGGUUCUACUUCUUAGUCAUGGCCUUAUCGAGGAAUUCGACUCUCCAGAAAGAUUGCUAGAGAACAAAGCAUCAUCUUUUGCUCAGCUUGUAGCAGAAUAUACCAUGAGAUCAAAUUCUGAUUUUUGAAACAAUCUCUUAUUGAGUGAAUAUGUUGACAAUGAUGAAAAUCGAGUAGUAUGGUCUGUCUAUUGUUUGGUUAUGAUAUGAACUUUAAUCUAGUUGUUUUUGUAUUAUAAUUAAUGAUUUGGUAUUAAUGCUCUAAUUAACAUUUUCCAGUUAUAAUAUAUGCUCUACUAGUUAAAA